ACCAAAGCAUAUGACCUUUUCGUACGUACUUGGCAUCAGAGGUCGAGCAACAGGAUUUACCCCAUGUUUUGCGCUCUCUAUCUCUCUCUCUCUCGCUCGCUCGCUCCGCUAUUUCUUCCAGGUUUGGAAUCCACCUGGGGGACUGCUAAUGUUGUGGUCACUCGACCCCCACGGUGUCUCCCGGUGGAUCAAAGAGAGCAUGACGAGUGCGGGUCAUUUGGCCUUGGCCAGAAGAAGAUGGUCCUGCGUCUCUUUGACCUCGUUCAUGUUUGCCAACACUACAUCCACAAUCCCCAGCAAAUCCUCCGAUUCCAACUUUUCAUCGAACGCUGAUCCAUCUCUCUCUUUAUCUCGCCUGUCGACGGUCGACAUUUUCACUCCAUCUUGUUAUGUGCAAGUAAAUAUCGCGCGCACGCACAGGCUUUUCCUUCUUUUCUGUGCUGAGUAUGAACUCUCUCCACUACGCCGUGCGCGUGGGCUGAAUCCCCGUUCCCCGUUGGAUGUCUUCUUCUCGUGAGGAUCUCCUUCUUCCUCUCCUCCUCCUCCUCCUCCUCCUCCUCCAUUUGGCUUCAUUAUGCCUGCAAUCAUUAUCCUUGGUUGCCUCGCACGCAUGCCACCCUCCUCCAUUCUCCCACCUCAUCCCCUCUGCUCACCAGAACUCUAUAAAUCCCCCUCCAUCCCCUCUGUCCUCCCACGUGCAUGCCUUGGUGUCCCCAACACCAUCCACCCUAUUUCGCUGCUUCUACCACCGCCGCGGCAUGGCUGUCUCCGGCUUCGAAGGCUUCGAGAAGCGCCUGGAGCUCCACUUCUCGGGCCACGACUCGCUCGGCCUCCGCCGGCUGCGGUGCGAUGCCCUCGCGCAGGUCCUCGACGCCGUGCAGUGCACCGUCGUCUCUGCCGUCGGUAACCGCUACUUCGACGCGUACAUCCUCUCCGAGUCCAGCCUCUUUGUUUAUCCUUAUAAGAUGGUUCUCAAGACCUGCGGCACUACUCAGCUGCUGCGAUCCGUCCCUUGUCUACUUCGCCACACCGCGGAGCUCGGCCUUCGUCUCCGAGCCUGCCGCUACUCCCGCGGCAGCUUCAUCUUCCCUCGGGCCCAGCCGUUCCCUCACACCAGCUUCGCGGAGGAGGCGCUCUACUUGGAAGAGCGCCUCCCGCCGAGCCUAGCCUUUAGAAAAGCUUGCGUCCUUCCGUCGAGCAGCUCGCACUCCUGGCACGUCUACUCUGCUUCCGCCGACGACGACGACGACCGCUUGGCGGCAGGUUCGUGGAGCACUUUUACGGUUGAAGUGUGCAUGACGGAGCUGGACCGGUCGCUGGCGCGGCGUUUCUUCCGGAAGAAAGGCGACGAGAGGUCGGGCGACGCUGUGGGCGCAGACAUGACGGACCUGACCGAGGUCGGUAGCAUCAACCCACGCACGCUCGUCUGCGGCUUCGCGUUCGACCCAUGUGGAUACUCGAUGAAUGGUCUCGACCGCGACAGCUAUUCCACGAUACACGUCACGCCGGAGGAGGGCCACAGCUACGCCAGCUUCGAGUGCACAGGCCGAUGGGCGGGAGGCAGAGCCGAAGUGCUGGAUUCGCUGAGAAAGGCCAUCGGGGUGUUCCGGCCGGGCGCGGUGUCGGUAUCGUUCUGCAUGGCACCCAACGUCGACGAGAACCAAGUGCGAUCGGCCGUGGGGGACGCACUCGAGCCGCUCGGACUGAGCUGCCGAAGCCAGGCGGUGGAGGAGUUUCCAGGCGCAGGCAUCGUCACGUACCAAACUUUCACGCCCCGCCGGGAGUGAAGCCGACACGAGGUGGCGCAGGCCACAACAGGAAGCAGUGGUCAUCACCGAGGUGAUGCUCUUGGCUUGUUGCAAGUUGCUGGCCUCAGAGGAAACAUUAAAGGGAGGGAAUAGUGUGGCCUUUUGUGGGAGAGGGAGAUGAUGGAGUGCAUUGUAACUUGGAUUAGGGUGGUGUGGUUGACAUUAGGAAUUGGGAGUGAAAAGGUUGGAAAGCUUAGGAUGGGUGGGAGCUCCAUGAUAUAGCACCCCACUUCAGAGUGUCACGCCUGAUCAUGGAUGGAUAUACUUGGGACGAUGUAGUGGGAUAUAUGGAAGCAGUACUACACUACUGAGUUGAGCUGAAUGAGGCCAUAGUGUUGGGGGAGGAGACUUCCACCCUCCCUCCUUUUUGUUUGUGAUCUCCUUUGCUACUGCCAAAAGGAAGAAGUACACCUUUUUUGCUCGGCA